CCUCCAGCUCCAGCUGACGCGCCGCCCCCGACCUCCAGCCGACGCGCCGUCCCCCCACCUCCCGCUGACGCGCCGCACCCUCCACCUUCCGGUGACGAGCCGCUCUCCGACCUCCCACCGAAGCGCCGCCGCCUUGAUCCGCCCGGCGCAGGCGUCCCUCCUCUCUGCCACCUCUCCUGCAUCGACGCUGCCCGGCGUCUCACCCCGGGCCUCCACACACCAUUUUCCGCGGUCGUCGGUACCGCACAAGCUUCUGCGGCCGCCGCGCCUCCUGGAUCCAACGAGGUUGCGUCGCACUGGCCUCGGAUCCGCCCGCCUCCACGCCGUCACCUACCGACCCCGGCCCCGGCCCCAGAUCCCCCUCCAACCAAAUUCCUGCCAUGGACGAGUUCUGGUUCUCUGGAUUGGUCUUGAUAAAGCUUUCAUACAGGAUACAACUUAAGCUGGAGUUCGUCGCUAAGCAGAUACUAGGAAACGUAGCUAUCAAUUAUCUUGUAUACAAAAGGUUUGGGACUGGAUCUUCUAAUGAAAGCUGGAGCAGAAGAAGAAGUCCAGGAGGGAGAGAUGGAGAUGUGAGCAUGUAUACAUAUGUUCUGGAGACACUAGACUUAUCUGGUGGUGUGUGCGUGCUGUUGUAUCCUCUUCCGGCCACUCUAAUCUACACCCUCAGUACAAGCCGAUGCAACGCCAAGCAGAUCGACAGGGGUGCGGGGUUCAGUUGGAUGAUGACGAGCCAGGCAGCCGGCCUUUGCAUCAUGAACUGGCGCAGUUUGAUCUUGCCCGGUGCUGGCCCUGCACAAAUGGCGUCUUCAGCUCAGUGAUCAUCUUACAUGUCAAGCACCAAACCGACACCGCGGCUUCUGCUGCUGGUGCUAGUGUGGAUGUUUAGCAAGUUCAACUACCAGUCUACGCCGAGUUCAGGUACAUUUUCGUGGACGACCAAGUUCAGGGAUGCCUCUGUGCCUAACCAAUUCUUCGAUCUUGUACAGCAAGCUUAGAAUAUAUCUAUUGAUCUGACAUGUUAAUUCGGGAUUUAGUUUUCUCUCGUUCUUCUAGGAUUUGUCGCCACAUGAUUUAAGCUUGGGCGGUGGGUAGCACAUAAAAUGCAUGCCCGCCACAUGUUCGCUAUAUUGCUGUAGUAGGAUUUUAGAUUUUUCGUUCUACCUUGGAUGCACUGAAUACCUGACAUGCUGUGAAAUAAUUAAGUACGGAAUUCUGAGGCUGUAUGAUCUCUUAACAACAUGAAUUGUUUUUACAAUUUUUCAUCCUUACUGGAUGUUGAGCAUGGCUAGAUUAUAUUUGGCAUUAGCACCAUCGGCGUGUAUGCAAAAUCCUCUUUUCUCUCAAUUAUGGUUAAUGCUAUUGUAUGAUACAUAAAAAUUGAGAUAUGAGGGCACUCUUGAAUAACGUAAAAGUUCAAGUAUGAUUGUUUGAAAAGUACAAAAAUGAAUGUCUCAAAUAACAUAAAAAAUAUAUGUGUUAAAUGCCUUAGACGUGAGUCCUCUAAAGCUAAUUAAUAGUCUGUAUAAUAGCAAACUUUAAGAUGUCUUUCAUUUCCUUAUCUUAUUUCAGUGAGAAUUCCUCCAAUAAACUGAUGUUCUUAUUUCAGUGACACACUUAGUUUAGU